AUGGUGAACGAAGCCCCUGUUAAGAGGCACAAGGUGAACGAAGCCCCUGUUAAGAGGCACAAGGUGAACGAAGCCCCUGUUAAGAGGCACAAGGUGAACGAAGACCAUGUUAAGAGGCACAAGGUGAACGAAGCCCCUGUUAAGAGGCACAAGGUGAACGAAGCCCCGGUUAAGAGGCGCAAGGUGAAAGAAGACCCUGUUAAGAGGCACGAGGUUUACAAAGACCCUGUUAAGAGGCACAAGGUGAACGAAGACUCUGUUAAGAGGCACAAGGUGAACGAAUACCCUGUUAAGAGGCACGAGAGGCACAAGGUGAACGAACACACUGUUAAGAGGCACAAGGUUAACGAUGACCCUGUUAAGAGGCACAAAGUGAACGAAGACCAUGUUAAGAGGCACAAGAUGAACGAAGACCCGGUUAAGAGGCACAAGGUGAACGAAGACCAUGUUAAGAGGCACAAGAGGCACAAGGUUAGCGAAGAUCCUGUUAAGAUUCACAAGGUUAACGAAGCCCAUGUUAAGAGGCACAAGGCAAAUGAAGCCCCUGUUAUGAGGCAAAAGGUGAAUGAAGCCCCUGUUAAGAGUCACAAGGUUAACGAAGACCCUGUUAAGAGGCUGUUAAGAGGCAAAAGGUGA